GCGCGUGUGUGUGUGAGUGUUUGUAUGUGUAUAUACAUAUAUACAAAUACUGGGUGAUUCACAAAAGAAGUUAAAAGGCAGAGAUGGCGGAUUUCAACUAACUGAAUUUGCUAACGCCUCUGCGCUUCCCUCUACUGCUUCUUUUUUCCCCCUCCCCAAAGAACAAACCACACAAAAGUGUCUUCGAAAGAAAAGUGUCUUCAUAUACAAAACUGAAAUCAAAAUGACGACGAAUCGUCGGAGGAAAAACACGCAAGAAGCAAGUGCAUUCCAAAGUAAUCCUGCUCAACAACAAUCACAUCAGCAGCAUAAACGGAAAUGUCGACAAUAUUCCCUACCCAUUCUGCCACUCACCAUCGCUUUGGUAGUGGCUCUAAUCUUCGUAUUACCAGCUCCUGCCCAAUCGCUUCAACAAUCGCUUGAAAACGACAAAAGCUACUUUGUGGACAAUCGGAAGCCCACAUUCAAGAACUGCGAUGGCUAUGCGCCAUCGGUUAAAGAGGAGCAGCCAGAGAAUACAUAUGUAUUCCAGGUGAAGGCCACAGAUCCCGAUCCCAAUCAGGAGAUACGCUACAGCCUCGUCCAAUCACCUUUCGAGCGACCGAAAUUCUUUAUAAAUCCCAACUCGGGCGUCAUUGUCACGGCCCAUACAUUCGAUCGCGAUGAGCCCAUUCAUGAGAAAUUCGUUUUCGUCACCGUCCAGGCCACGGAUAAUGGUCUUCCGCCAUUGGAUGAUGUUUGCACCUUCAAUGUGACCAUCGAGGAUAUAAACGACAAUCCGCCAGUGUUCAAUAAAGCGCGAUACGACGAGUCCAUAUCGGAGAACACUCAGCCCGAUGCGGUGGUCAUGUCAAUCAGUGCCAGCGAUUUUGAUGAUGGCAACAAUAGCAUUGUCGAGUACGAGAUUUUAAGAGAACGAGAUUUUCAAUAUUUCAAAAUCGACAAAGAGUCCGGCAUUAUCUACUUGAAUCGAGCGAUUGACAAGAGACCGGGACAAUCGUACACAAUAAAUGUGAGGGCCUACAAUAUAGUGCCAGAUCCGCCGCAGGAUGCCCAGAUCGAAGUGCGCAUCCGUGUGGUGGAAUCAUCGAUAAAGCCGCCCUCCUUCGUGGAUCCCAUCGAUGAGCCGAUUUACCUAAAAGAGAAUCUUAUCAAUUUCUCUCAACCAAUUGCCACGCUGCGAGCUGUUUCUAAUAUGCCCGAUUCUCCGAAGGUUAUCUUUGAACUGAUCACCGGGCGCACUGAGCAGACGAACGGCAAAAACACAUUCGUCUUUAAUCAGAUUGGCAACGAGGUCUCAAUAAGUUUGGGCAAGGCUCUCGAUUACGAAGCCAUUACUGAAUACACACUGACCGUAAGUGUGCGAAAUAACUUCCAGUUGAGUGCCGAACAUCAGUUGAAAAUUAAGAUUGAAGAUGUCAACGAUAAUAUUCCCUAUUUCACGGAAGUCAAGUCGGGCACAAUUUUGGAGAAUGAACCAUCUGGAACGUCUGUAAUGCAGGUGCGAGCCUUCGACAAUGAUGGCACAUCGGCAAACAAUAUUGUGUCCUUUCAGCUUGCGGAUAAUCAAGAGCACUUUGCCAUCGAUCCGCAUACGGGAAACAUCACGGCUCUGACGACAUUUGAUCGCGAGGAACGAGACUUUUACAACGUUAAAGUUAUUGCUAGCGAUAAUUCGCCAUCAAGUCUGUUCGAUAAUGGCGAACCCAAUCGUGGCCAUCAGGUUUUCAGCAUCUCCAUUGGCGACAAGAACGAUCAUAAGCCAAAUUUCCAAAAGAAGACAUAUUUGGCCGACAAGCUGCUCGAAGAUGCUAAUACCAACUAUGAGGUGAUUGAGGUAAAGGCUGAGGAUGAGGAUAAUGCCUCACAGAUUCUAUACAGUAUUGAGAGCGGCAAUGUGGGCGAUGCCUUCAAGAUUGGCCUGAAAACGGGCAAGAUCACGGUCAAUCAACGCUUGGAUUAUGAAACAAUUACAGAAUAUGAGCUAAAAGUGCGAGCUUUUGAUGGCAUCUACGAUGACUACGCCACGGUCAUCAUAAAGAUCGAGGAUGUUAAUGACAAUCCGCCGGUUUUCAAAAAAGAAUAUAGCAUUACCAUACCGGAGGAAAAGACCUUUGACCACUGCAUACUCACCAUCGAGGCAUACGAUCCAGAUAUCAAGGAUCGCACUGCCGACCAACAUAUAACUUAUUCCAUAGUAAAAGAGGAUCAUCGAAAACUCUUGACCAUCGAUAACGCGGGCUGUUUGCGGCUCAUCCAAACGCUUGAUCGCGACCAACCGAAUGGUCACAAAAGUUGGCAGGUUCUGAUCUCAGCCAGCGACCAGGAUGGCGUUGGCACCACCUUAAAAUCGGUCAAGGCUGUCUCUAUUACGUUGCAGGAUAUCAACGAUAACGCUCCCUUUUUAAUCAACGAGAUGCCCGUGCAUUGGCAAGAGAAUCGGAAUCCGGGACAAGUGGUCCAGUUGCAGGCCAACGACUAUGACGAACCACAAAAUGGACCACCCUACACCUACGGCAUUGACAGCGAUGCCUCGUCUGAUAUCAAGAAAAAAUUCAGCAUCGAUAAUGAUUAUCUCUUUGCCAACGUCAUGUUCGACCGCGAAGAGCAAAAGGAGUACUUUAUCCCGAUAAGAAUAAGCGAUUCUGGCGUACCUAGACAGAGUGCGGUUAGCAUUCUGCAUCUGAUAAUUGGCGACGUCAACGAUAAUGCCAUGACCGAAGGAUCCUCUCGCAUAUUCAUCUACAACUACAAGGGCGAGGCACCAGAUACGGACAUCGGUCGAGUGUUUGUCGACGAUCUCGACGACUGGGAUCUGGGGGACAAAGUUUUUGCCUGGAAGAAUGGCAUACCGCACAAUCAGUUCCGUUUGAACCCUAGCACGGGAAUGAUCACCAUGCUGGAGCACACAUCGGAGGGUGAAUACCAACUAGUGUUUGUUGUCACCGAAGAGUCUACCUUCAUACCGAUGCACUCCGUUGAUGCUGAUGUUACUGUGGUGAUACGGGAACUACCGGAAGAGGCGGUGGACAAAAGCGGCAGCAUACGCUUCAUCAACGUUACUAAAGAGGAAUUCAUAGGUGUACCCCGUGACGUGCAAUCCCCAGAAGCGUACUCACUUAAGGAUCGCCUGCAGCACUCCUUGGCCAAGCUGUUUAACACUUCGGUGUCCAAUGUGGAUGUGUUUACGGUUCUGCAGAACGAGAACAACACACUGGAUGUACGUUACUCUGCCCAUGGAUCGCCAUACUAUGCGCCCGAGAAGCUCAAUGGCAUGGUGGCCCAGAAUCAGCAAAGGUUAGAGAAUGAGCUGGACCUACCUAUGCUGAUGAUUAACAUAGAUGAGUGCCUAAUUGAGAGACUGAAGUGCGAGAGUUCCUGCACCAAUGAGUUGCACAAGAGUUCGGUGCCCUAUAUGAUUUACUCCAAUACGACCUCCUUCGUGGGUGUCAAUGCGUUUGUCCAGGCCCAGUGCGUGUGCGAGGCGAGUGUCCUGAACUAUUGCCUCAAUGGUGGCACUCCCCGGUAUGGGGAGAACGAUAUUUGCGACUGCAUCGAUGGAUUCGAGGGUCCCCACUGUGAACAUGUUUCAGUGGCUUUCUAUGGCAAUGGACACGCCUUCUAUGAACCCAUUUCGGCAUGCGAUAAUACGAGAAUCGGCUUGGAAAUAUCGCCACAGCACGAGGAGGGCCUUAUCAUGUAUCUGGGACCGCUUAACUUUAAUCCUCUGCUGCCGUUGUCUGACUUCCUCGCCCUGGAACUGGACAAGGGAUACCCAGUGUUGACUGUGGACUAUGGUUCCGGCAGCAUACGCAUCAAGCAUCAGCAUAUACAAUUGCAACGCGGCCGCUCUUAUCAGCUGGACAUCAUUUUGCAGCGCACCAGCAUCGAGAUGACUGUGGACAAUUGCAGACUCUCGACCUGCAUGAGUCUUGGAGCUCCUCAGGGACCCAACGAAUUCCUCAACGUAAAUGCUCCCCUGCAGUUGGGAGGCACACCGGUGGAUCUGGUACAAUUGGGACGACAACUCAACUGGACGCACAUACCCAAUCAGCAGGGCUUCUUUGGUUGCGUCCGCAAUCUGACCAUCAAUGACCACACCUACAAUCUGGGUAUGCCCGCCGUUUUCCGCAACAUUGACAGCGGCUGCCAACAGGCGGUGGUCGGAGCCGUAAGCUUUGGCAUUGAUCGUAACUUUAUUAUUGCCAUCAUUACUUGCAUAGCCUUGCUCCUCAUAAUCUUGCUGGCGGUCGUGGUGCAGAAGAAACAGAAGAACGGCUGGCACGAAAAGGACAUUGACGAUAUACGUGAAACGAUCAUCAACUAUGAGGACGAAGGUGGCGGCGAACGGGAUACAGAUUAUGACUUGAAUGUCCUGCGCACCCAGCCCUUCUAUGAGGAGAAACUGUACAAAGAUCCGCAUACUUUGCAAGCGGCCGGCAUGGGUCGUGUUCCAAACGAUAUCCCAGAUAUUGGUGAUUUUCUGGGAGGCAAGAAGGAGAACUGUGAUCGGGAUGUUGGCGCUUUCACCAUAGACGAUGUGCGUCACUAUGCCUACGAGGGCGAUGGCAAUUCCGAUGGCAGUUUAUCCAGUUUGGCCUCCUGCACAGACGAUGGCGAUCUCAACUUUGAUUAUCUUUCUAAUUUCGGUCCGCGCUUCCGUAAACUGGCUGACAUGUAUGGCGAGGAACCCUCCGACACGGACUCCAAUGUGGACGACGAUCAGGGCUGGCGCAUUUAAGAAAAAAAAACAACAAAAUAGUUCAUUAACCCAUACAUACAUACAUAUAAUGAAAAGAUUGAAAAGACUUUUUACGUAAUACAUAUAUAUAUAUAUUAUUAUAUAAAACAUAUGCUAAGUUGUGUGUUGUAAGGCCGGCCUAGCCGGACCCCUAAGUCGCCUCAACUAAGUAGAUGAUGAAGAUGAUAAUGAUAAUGGAGAGGAGGAGGAACAUUGCAAGGGCCUAGAAGAUUACGUUUUUGUUAUGGUUUUGUUUUCUGUACGUACAUACAAGAAGCAAACAAAAGGUGAUCUGAUCUUAAAUUUACGAGUAGCUAAGCAACUGCAAACGAACAAAACAAAGCCUGCAGGAGAGUAUUAAAUUGUUGUCUGUAUUCUCCAGAAAGAAUAUUCUUUAUACAACAAAUAUUGCUCCCCUCUGACCACACAAACAAAUCGAAAUCGAAAUCAAAACAAACAAACAAUUCCUAUCAAAAUUUUGAGGAGGAAACAUCGAGAACUCUCGUUUUGCAUUUUCUUUUUGCAAACAAUUCCCAAUAUUAUUAUAGAUUUAGUUACUAAAUUCCAUCUAGUUAUAUCUAAGUUUAUGUUUAUUUAAAAAGGCAUUAGUAUUUUAAGAUCCUAGACAAGCAACUUCCGAAUAAAUCAGACCACAAGACAAUUCGGCAACAAAACAAACAAAUAAAGUUAAACGCAAUAAAACAAAUAAUUAUUAUGAAUUAAACAAUUGAAUUUCUUCUAAGGUUGUCGUCGUGUCUAAUACAUGUGUAAAAUAAAUCAGCGAUUAAAACAAAUUGAAAGAAUUAAGCAAAGCACUGUAAUUAUGAGAAGCAGUUAAUAUAGAAGCAAAUAUAUAUAUAUAUAUAUAAAUACUAUAUACAUAAACUAAAUCGAUGCUAUAAGAGGAAAUGUAAAACAACAACAGACAAAAAAAAAAAACAAAACACAACAAAAUGUUCAAUAAAUCAAAUGCGAUAUGUAUUUUUGUAAGUCUUUUUUCGUAGUGGAGUAAAAAGAGAGUCUUUAAUAUUUUUACAUGCCAAGGCACCCAAUUGAAAGAAACUGAUUAAAUUUAUUUAUAUACACCUAAAGUAAAAGAAAUUAUAUCAAUUUACUAAGCCAGACACUACAACAAUUGUGUGCAACAAAAUAAAAUGUAAAUGGAAAAUUUA